UACGUCCAGUGAAACGUCAAAAGUGCUGUCAGAAUCGGGAAAAACAAUAACAAACCCUGAAAAUUCGUGAAAAAUGGGUUCUUUAGAGUUAAAUUUCCAAUUAAUUCUCGAGUAUUUUCGCGAAAACGGCGGAAAAGUUAAGAACCGCGACGCGGUGCGGUAUUUUAAACGGUAUCUGACGGAUCCCGCGUUAAAAGACAUUAACCGGCAAAAAUUUAAAGAAUACAUCAACACCGUGGCCCACACAAAACAAGAAGGUGACGAAAAAGUGCUGCUCCUCAAAACCAAAUAUCUCUCGUACAAUUCGUUGGACGUCCAAUCUUCUCCGUUGAGUACCUCGACCAUAUCCCUAAACUCACUUUCCGCCCAAAGUGACCCCAGAAACAACAUUGGCUUGCCCCUUUCACCUAUCAACACCAGCUAUGGGAGCACCACCUCACUUAACACUCCGACUAGGCAGCCACCACCUUACAGAAAUCCUCCUCCGGUGUAUUCUCCCAUUUCUCCCUCUCAGUCUUUGGAUAGUAUCAGUUUGAGUUCGUGUUCCACAGUGGAUGAUAAGCCUUUGGCACCUCCCAGGCAGAACAGGAGUAACUCUAGGUCUAACGUUCUGCAAGAACCGCUGGACAAGACGUCAAAGAAUACUUUAAAAAGCCUAGAAAAUACGGAAAAGGGGGGCCUAAGUGUGAAAGAGAGAACGCAACAGUUUAAUAGGUUGGCUUCGGUGGAAGACGAGUUGAGUCCCAGGAUUCCUAAGAGCGCUGAAAAGGAUAGAAGUAAAAAUUGGAUGCCACAGACACCAGAAGAAUGGAUAGCAAUAGAAGAAGGACUGUCCACUUCCUGGAAAAACAAGAAAUGUUCCUUAUGUAUUUCUUGGUGAUGGAGCAUUUGCCUUAAGUACGUUUGUAAUGAAGCCUUAUCCAGGGAAUUACGACAGUGAUUCAUUAUAAUGAACUUUUAGCUAUCGACUGUCAAGUUCAUGUGUCAUUGUGGAAAAUAUUUUUGGUGUAUCGACAUCCGUAUGCAGGAUCUUUAAAAAACCUAUGGAACUUCAACCAAAACAGGCUACCCUAAUUACAAUGUCCUACGUCAUAUUACAUAAUUUGUUAAGGAGAAAGAGACAUCCGCAAAUAUCUACACGCCUCCAGGAAGCUUUGACACGAUAACCAAUGGCGAAAUAGUUCAGGAAGGAUCUUGGAGGCAAAAUGCUUCAGAGAGGUCUGCUAUAAGACCUUUGAUAACUAGAGCUAGACGUUCAAGGAUAAGCGCCUUACAGAUAAGAGAAGA